AGCUUCAUACAGGCUCGUCGAAACCACUCCAUCAAACCGAUUCCUGCAAGUUGUUCCGGUCAUUCUUCACUCGAUCAUCAGUCGACUGUCAUGUCAUCCGGCUUCUCUUAUUCCGGUAAACGGCCCAGAUGCUUCGAGUUCUGGCAAGAGUUUCAAAAAUGCUAUGCCGGUGCUGAUUUCCCUGAAGACUGUCGCCCUCAAGUGGAGGAUUACAACGAGUGUUUGAGUCACAAGAAAGAAAUUGCACGUGCAAAGACGCUUCAGGAAAACUUCAGCAAGAAACAAGCCCAACAGUUGGAGAAACAGAAGUUGGAGGAAAACGUCACGCAGAGUGGGAUCAUCAGUCUGGGACUAUUAAGUCGAGCCCGAGCCGACAAGGAAGCCCAAAAAAAUCAAACAACCGCUCCCAUCCAAUAAAACCUCUCUCUCUAUCAUUUUACACCGGCCCCCCAUUCCUCCUUUUCACAAUAAAAUCUAUGUUCUUAUAAAGCCUAUUUCUUCCGAAAUCGUGGGGUCAAUCAUGGUAGUGUGUUUUCUCACUAAAACGGUCAUAGACUUGCCGAUUUGUGUAAGUAAGUGAAGGUGGGAAUCUGAGAUGUCAACAAAAACCGAGCUCUGAGCCCAGCUCUCCAUGAUCGAUAACUUUUAACGAAGGGGAAGAAGGUCUCCCUCAUGACCGACUGCUAUUGGUUGAUGAGAAGCGCGCAAUAGUACAUACACACGUUUCAUUACCCUUCAACGAGCGGGUAUGUUCAAACUUUUGGCAGACGGCCAGUCCAUUCUUGACAAUUGCUUCUGUACCCCCUUUCCUUUUUUUGGUGUCAUUAGAAAAUACAUUUGGAAAUUGUUCCAUGAUAAUAAUAUACGCG